AUGAGCAUCUACGUCAGUAUAAGUGCCGAGCCGUUCAUACUUCACAAGAACCUGAUCACCUCUACCUCGGCCCUCUUCCGCGACUACCGCUUCGAGUCCGUUCUCACCCUCCCCGAGGAAGACGCCGCGCUCUUCGAGGUCUAUGCAGAGUGGAUCUACAGCAACCACAGUCUUGCCGUACUGCACGACUUGCGCGCCCACGAAGUCGUCAAGCGAGCCGACGGCACAACCGACCAGCCGGGCGCCGAGCACCUGUUUCACUUGUACUGCCUGGGUGCGCGGCUGCGAGAUGUGACGUUCAAGAAUGCCGUCGUGGAUGCGUUUGUGGACAUGCUGAUGAAGGCGACGGAAUGCCCGACUCAUCUUGCGAAGUGGAUCUACGAGAGGCUCCCGCCGGGCAACACGUUCGGGAAGCUGUACGUCGACAUGUGGUGCUGGAAUUCGGAUGAGAGCUGGUUCGAGGAUCUGGAGCAAAGGGACGACCCCAUCAGCGCCCCGGGCGAGUUUUGGCUGGAUGUGGUAAAGAAGAAGACGCUGCUGGGAAAGAAGAUAUACGACGCGAGGCUGAGGGUGCCUUGGGUCGCGGAUCGGACACAGUACUACGAGGAGGAGAAGCACGAGACUGGGGGAGAGCAUUCUGUGUGGUCGAGCGUGCACCAGACCGAGAAUUCAGGCGUCGUGGUGAAGCCGGACCCAGAAGACACAUGA